AUGGGAAAGGAUAUUGUCAGAAAGUGCGGAGGGGUUCCAUUGGCAGUGAAAACUUUAGGGAGUCAACUAUACUCAAAAACCGAUGAGCGCGAAUGGAAAUUGGUGAGAGAUUCUGAGAUAUGGGAAUUGAAACAAGAAGAUGCUGGUCACAUUUUACCUGCUUUGAGAUUGAGUUAUACCCGAUUGCCUCCACAUUUGAGACAAUGUCUUGCUUACUGUUCACAUCUUCAAAAGGAUGGGACUGAAUAUAGUAGUAAUGCAUUGAUCAGAUAUUGGAUGGCACAUGGAAUCCUUGAUCAAUCUCAUGUUCAUGGGAAUAUGGAGUUGGAAGACAUCGGAGAGCUAUAUUUUAAGGAUUUAUGGGCGAGAUCCUUCUUUCAAAACGUUACUGAUUAUGGAAUAUUCAAGUAUUUGCGAGUGGUUGAGUUAGAUAGAUGUUCAUUACAAGUGUUGCCAAGUUCCAUUGGUUCCCUGAAACAUUUGAGAUAUCUGAACUUAAGUAUUAAUGAAGAAAUAACGAAAGUCCCCAAUGCAAUUUGCAGACUGCAGAGCUUGCAAACUCUAUAUCUUGAUGGAUGUGAGAAUCUUGAAGAGUUGCCUAGAGAUAUAAGCGAAUUGAUCAGCCUCAGAACACUUGAUUUAACCACAAAACAAACAAAUUUUCCAGAGAAUGGGGUGGGAUGCUUGAAAUCACUUCGAUUUCUUGGUAUUUUCGAGUGUAGUAAUUUAAACUCUUUGCCGCGUGAAACGAGCUAUCUUGCUUCCUUACGGAAUCUGGUGCUAUGCAGCUGUGAACAACUGAAUUUGGGGAACGUAAACUAUCAAGGAACUCCACUGAGGCUCCACAAAUUGGAUAUUUUCAAUUUACCAAGGAUGGUGGCAUUGCCUGAAUGGCUUCAAGGAGCGGCUAACACCCUUCAAUUAUUGGCUAUUCACGAGUGUGAGAAUUUGGAGGCAUUACCUGAGUGGUUGGCAAGCUUCACAUCACUUAGAAAGUUGGUCCUUGAUUCAUGUCCGAAAUUGUCGUCUCUGCCAGAGGGGAUGCGUUCUCUUACCUCCUUAAGAGAACUUGUGAUUGAUGAUUGUCUUGAAUUAGAGAGGAGAUGCCAGCGCGAUAUUGGAGAAGAUUGGCCCAAGAUUUCUCAUGUGCCACAUGUUUCCUUUCAAUAUUGA